UAGUUCGCGUUUGUAUAUCGGUCGGACGGUUCGUGGAGUAGCAAGUACUAGCAGUAGUUUGGAUGCGCAUGGGAUCCUCGCGUACGUGUACGAUGUUACGGUUUGAGAAAGAAAAAGUAGUUCGCGAAUCUGUCGAGACGGGAGUCACUCGACCUCUUCGUUGAAACAAGUUUGCUGCUUUUUUGCUGUUCAAUUUGUGCGCGAAUUUCAGCGAUUGAAGGGUGCCCGUUUGGGCGAUUUCACGCCGUUUUGUAGUAAUCCACUAAGAGCAUCUCGUUGCCGACUCGAGAGACCCAUGGGGUUGGUGUUAAAAUCGCGCUUGCUAUUGGAGUAAAUUAGAUGAAUGGUGCUACCCUUCAAUGAACGGAGUGGUGUGUGGAUUAAGUCACCACGACUGGUGAAGUGAAUGCAAGUGUAUCGUCGUCUUUGGAGGUUGCUUGACCGUAAAGUGACGAGAAGAAGCGCCAUCGAAGUUCAGUUGAAAGUGAGAAAAGUAGGUCUUGUGACGAUUUGUAACCGGCGGACGCGCAGUCAGCUGGAACUUCGUGGAAGUCUUUUUUUUUCUUCAAGCUGGUGAUUCACGGCUUCUGCGUGAAGAGGUCAUACCGAGAUUAAUCAUUACUGCCCUUGUCGCGUUUCGGCUGAUCUUGGCUGUUUGUGUUAGUUAGAAGAACUUGACCGAUGGAAUUCCGCUGUUCGUUCAUGCAAGAGUGACGUGUCUCAAUUAUCAAGUUCUGGUGUCGAUUUACUUAAGACAAGUGGCUAGAAUCAAGUGUUAUCAAGAUAUUUGCACGAUUGUUUGUUUGUGCGGCGAAGAUUUUUUCAAGUGGUUUCGUGUGUCGUGUUUUUGUGUUUGUCUAUUGACAAAGAUGGAUUACUCCUUUGCAGGAGAAUAGUCAGUGAGAACAAUGUUAACUACAAGGAAACCCGGACCACCGGUCCCUCCAAGGCCAAGUGCUGCUGCAGUGGCUACUGCCUUAGCCAAACAUCGUGAAAAUUCUCCUAACUUGGUGGGAGUUCAUACACUGAAACCUCCUCAUCCAGGACGCACUAUCGUUUAUAAAUCGCCUGCAUUCGAAAAUGACAAAACUUCACAGCAAAUCGUAUCGAACGGAAAUUACACUACUAAUACCGAUGUAAAUCAUAUGUCUGGCAACGGAACGGAACGUUCUUUCCAGAAGUCCGAAAUUUACGUCGGCUUAUCAAACGGCUACAAUGUACCACGUCCCAUCCACCCUGCCGAUAGCUUCGCUAAUCGCUGCAAUAAUAACAUUAAUUCCAACAUGGAAAACAGUAAAUUAACGUACACAUCAACAUGCAGUAUAAUUGAGAUAAACUCUUCCUCGUCGGCAUCGACAUCGUCAUCGUCCUCCCCAAUGUCAACGCUGCAUAAGUCGGACUCCAAACCAUGUCUUGCCGGCGUAUGUAAUGAUCACAAUCAUCAUCUUAAUUCUGCCGACGAGGAUGAUACCGUCGUUAGCCAAAAACUUAAUGCCUUCAGCCAUCGGCUCAUGGGUCCGUUAGAAGAGACUACAAUUAAGCGCAAUUCGUCGGACGUGAUUGUGAUCAAUUCGACGUCCUCGGAGCAUGACAGUGGCACCGAGCAGUAUUCGGCGGACACCAACAGCAUCGCAAGCAGUAAUUCGCUUGAACGGGAAAAUAAUUUUAAAAACCUUGGAACCCGCAAGGCACACAUGACCGAAAUCAUCAUCGGGCAUGGAGCCAAUAGUCUCUCCACCAACAACAACACCACCAAGGUUGUAACCAAUGGAAAUGCCACCAUAAUUGAAGCUCGCAAUGAUGCCCUCCUCAACUGCAGAUCCUCCUCUGAUUCAACUAAUCAUGUGAUACGAAGUUCGUCAAUUUGUCUACCCUACCGUCCUGAGCCGGAAGGUGGCGAACAUGUGACACCCUUGAACGAUCAGAAUCGGGGUGUUAAACUUAUCAAACGUCAUGUAAUCGAUCCCAAAACAAUCGAUUCAAAACUAAGUGAGAAAAAAGUUGCAUUUCACGAACAGCUCAUCUCGGAACUAACCGCAAUGAGAGUUGCUCACGAAAACACAAUCGACACUGUUUCCAGACGUCAACGAUAUCCACCGGAAACUCGAUCAUCAACGGAUGUUUCUCCGAAUGGAACUGCCACCCGGUUGGCCAGAAUUCGAACUUCCGAUUGGAUCGAGGUAGGAGACAAUGGGAAAGAGGUGGUUCUCUCCAGUUGCCAAAUAAGUUUGGAAGAUUCCGGAAUGGAGGACGAGGAGAAACUAGACGAUGCGUCUUCUGGCGUGGGGGAUUCCUGGGAUAGCGUGAAGGAUGCUGAGGAACGCAUCACGAUGUCCCUGCCGGGACUGCCUCCACUGCCUAAAAGUCUUAGUGGGUUCGAUCUAGCCGGUCAGCAGCUUCUAUCUCAUCAGCAACACCAUCAGCAGCAGCAUCCGCUCCACCAGCAGCAACAGCAGCAGCACCACCAUCAUGUUGCUCAGCACCAGUCAUCCCAGCAUCAGCCACAGCAGCAAAAGUAUCAUCAUCAUCAUGCCCAGCACCCGCCUUCACAGCAGCUGUUGCCGCACCAGCAACUUCCACCAUCGCUGAAUCACCAUCCUACGAAUCCGUUCAUCCCGAUGGGAGUAAAUCUGCAGAGCGUCAGUAUGGCGUCACUCGUAUCUCAGCGGGGCCAGUCACCGAUAAGCACCGUCAGCAGUUCCAGCAGCAUAUCGGUCACCCCGAACAGUGGCUCCGGCGGUGGUGGAAGCGCCAGUGUCCGAAAGCCAACAACUCUCGACACCCAGUUGGCUGUCUUGCGAAGAGAAAUGUACGGUCUGAGGCAGCUGGAUCUGUCGUUGCUAUCGCAACUGUGGGCACUGAAUGAGUCAAUCCAGGAGUUUCGUACGAUGCUGCAGGAACAGGAAACCCUCUCGCCACCCUCGCCAACGCCCUCCAAUUCGGACGCCAAUUCCGUAUCGUCCGACGAGGAUGAGGACGAAUCGUCGAACACCGCAACCGCCGGCGGAAUCGGACCGGGUCACAACUUGAUCGAAUCGGUCGCAGCCGCUUCGGUGCUCGUUUCGUCCCAGUCGAGUCGGAUGAGGGCACCGCCACCUCCACCACCCAAUCGAAAAGCACCCUCGCGACCGGUUUGAGUUCUUCGCAGCGGGCCUAGAUAUUCCAAAAAGCAACUUUACUCUCUUCAAGCUCUAGCCAAUAAUUGAACCAAUUUACUUCGUUUGGGGGCGAUCCAGUGGAUUGGGUGGAUCUAAAGCGUAACCAUGUUGCUGCAGGUGCAGCAAUCACAAAACACGUAAGUCAAUAGAUCAAGACAAUGGUGAGGGUUUUCCGAGGGCCGCUGUGCUCGGCGAAAACCGCACCCUAAUCUUAAGUAAGUUUUUGCUCUGCAACGCUCUGUACAUAAUAAAUAAACGUAAUUCUUUCAAUUAUAACUACAAAUAAAUAAUAAAGAAACCAUGUUCCAAAAUUGAAA